GUAUUUCCAUUCACGUACAAAUCUCUUUUGACAGCUAUAAAAACAUUUCUAAUUUCAUUACAAAACCACUAGUUACCAACGUCUAUAUCUCUAUCCUCGCCUUUCUUUUCAAAAUCCAGCUUCCAUACUGUUCUUCCCUCUAAUUUCUUUCUUACUUAAACCCUAUUUUGAGCUAAAAAAUGGCAGACAAAUGGAGCAUUAGGUGCAAGAUUCUGUAAUUUGCAGGCCAAUGAAACCUGGGAUUUCAACAGGACAACAUAAAGACCCUAUGGGGGGGUACUGCAUAGUGUAAACAAGGUGAUCACUGAUACACUCAAAUUGUCAAAGGGAAUUGGGGACCUGGGUCAAUUUAACAGAAUUCGGCUACCAAUUGUAUGCAUAUGAUGAGGCUGCUAAAGGUCCAGAUAGAGGAUGGCAAUUAUAGCCCCGCGGCUCUUUCUGAUAUAAGUAAUCUGAAUAUCCAUCAAGACAUUUUUGAUGUAAGUAAGGAAUUGGGGUUUGGAGAGGAGGAAGAAUGGAUGCCUAACACAGAUGUUCCUUUGAAGGAAGAAUGUAGUGCUGGAUUGCCUGAAACAAAGCCUGGAAAUUGUAAAAAAUCUGCAGGAUGUAAACAUGCUAGGGUUAGUAGCAAAAGCAUUGCAGGAGAGGAUUUAGAGGCUAAUGAUGCUAUGGAAAUGACAUCUUCAGAUGCUCAAGGUUUGUUUCAAAAACAACCUUACCUAACCUAUUCCCUGCAGAAGGAGAUGAAUGAUGUAACCUCUGAAGCUGUUAGUGUUGAAAGAAAAUCCUUGAUCAGCACUGAUAUGAAAGUGAAGCAUUUUAAGAGUCUAAUAGCAAAGGAAAAUGUAAUUGAAGGCAUCAGUGGAAAUGGAAAUGUUGAACAUCUUGUAUCAAAGGUUCAAAAUGCUGUCAAAUUUGAGAUGCUGAUGGAUGAGUUACAGUUGAAGAUGAAGGCUAAUAGGGAUGAUCUAGAAAUGACACUAUUUGGAAAUGAAUACACAGAGAAAAGUAAACUUCAAAGAGAAACAGUUGAUAUGUAUCAGAAGAAAGUUCAGGUGCCAAACCAUGAUAUUAAUGUUUGUCAUAUAGAGAAGAAGGAUGCAACAUGGGACGUCUUUGAAACAAGGAGUGGGACAGUUCACAGUGAAUUGAAGCAGUUGAAUGAGCAGGAAGAAUCACCUUUGCAAGUAUGCAAUAACUGUGAAACAACUGUUGAAAAUGUUAGUGAGGUUCACAGUGAAUUGAAGCAGUUGAAUGAGCAGGAAGAACCACCUUUGCAAGUACGCAAUAACUGUGAAACAACUGUUGAAAAUGUUAGUGAGGAUGAGGCAUUUUCUCCUAGUCAGAACAAGGAAUAUGAGCUUGUAGGCCAUGAAAUUCUAGAAUUAUGGAAAGCAGAGAUGACAGGACACAAGGAAACCUUUGACAGGUUGAAAUAUGUAGAGGAGUUCUUAAUUCAGCUUCACAGGGAAGCUGUCAAAUUAAAUAAAGUGCUACGAGCAGGUUCUAUAAAAAAUACAAUGUCUAUACUAAUCAACUUCUUCAAAAGAUUAGCACAGUUACAGCUACAAGGUUCUCAGAAAAUUUCUGACUAUCAUAAGCAUGCUAGGCAGUCAUUCAAAGUCGAAUUUAUUGACAGGUUGAGAGAUGAAAUGCAGCAAUUGGAGACUGAAAAGAAUAGGCUGGAGAAUGAACUGAAUUUGGUUAUCACAAGAACGAGAGAAGUUGAAGAAAGGAAUGAGGCUCUAUGGAUGGAAAAGGAGAGGCAUUUCGCAUCUGAAAUUGCAAGUGCUCAACAAAAGGCACAUUGCCUGCUCGAACACGAUGAGAAAGUAGAAGCUAAUCACAUUCAGGAGCGACAUCACUGGAAACACGAAUUAGAGAUGUGUAGAAAUGAAUGUAAAGACAAACAGGAGAUCCUCUACAGUAUGUUAAAAGAAAGGGAAGAGAAGUUGAUGAAAGAAAGUGAAAUGUGGUCAAGGUUGCUGGAGGCUAAAGAUGGAGAGCUAGAUUCUAUGAAAAUUGUAAUAAAGAAAGUUGUGCAUACAUUAAAUGCAACCAAAAGACAUCUUUAUGAUUUGAAAAGUCUCUUGAUAACACACAGGAAGGAUCUUGUGAAAGACAACAAAGGGUCUUAUACUUGUUCUACAAGGUCAGCUUCUGAGUUACAAAAUUGGAAUGACAUUCCCGAUGUGGAAGAGUGUGAGCUAGAGAUGCCAUUGCUUCUUGAAAAGCUAGCUACAUGUACAGAGAAAAAUAUUCGUAGACUUGGUGUGGAGAUCAGGGAAGAGUAUGACAGGAUGGAAAAAGAAAAAAGUGAGGCCAGGUUGUGUACGAUGCAAGCCAAACAGGAAAAGUUGAAGAACGAAGAACAUCUUUCAGAAAGAUUGUUUUUGAUGGAGCGCUUUCAAGGAGAUAUAAGGUCUAAGGAAGCACAUUUAGACCAGGAGAGGAAGCAACUUCAGAUGUUACUAAGAUUGAAGUCUGAAGAAGCAGAGAAACUCAGAGGUGAGUUAUACUCUGAAGAACAGAAGACCCAAAUUAUGGCACAGAAAUUCCAAGGUGAAAUUGCAAUGGUCAAGAGAGAGCUUGAAAAAGAAAGAAGAGAAAGGCAGAAGGAUAGAGAUCUGCACCUUUCAUCUCGCCAAAAGAUGGUCAACGAAAUACUAGAAAAAGAAGUAGUCUGGGAGAAGCAAAUAAAGGGAUUGACACAAGACUUCUUCAAUUUAAAAGAGCAAAAUUGCAACAAAGAUCAGGAAAUUGAAAUGCUUAGGGAGGAAAUUGAUGAGCUACUUAAACACUUUGAUGCUGAGAAGGGAUGCAGAGGGGCUGCAGUAAGGGGAAGCCCUGCAUGGAGAUAAAAAAGGGUUGGGUUCAGAGCCAGGAUAAGGAAGCAAAACAUCUAAGAGUAGAAAUGAAUCAUGGAGUAAAAUCAGGCAUUGUAGAAGCAGUUGACAGUUGAACAGUGGUAACAAUCAAAGGAGUUAGCAGAGAAAUGCAGAAGCCACAUUAAGAGUAUAAUGACUGCAUGGUUGAACCGAAAUGCUUUUCAUCUCUCAUUGAAAAGCUUAUAUGAAGAUUUACAAUAUUGACAAAGAAGUUUGUUAUUUGCUUUA